GGUGGAAGCUCUGCAGGUAGAUUUGUGAUGGUGGUCUCUCAUAUGCUGAUGGUGUCGUCAGUCGGUUCCUGAGAUGUCUUCGUCCCCAGUGAUUAGGAUCUCGCCUUCGAGACAGUCCUUGUCCUUGACUGCGCUAGUGAUCUGUGCUGUUUUCAUUCUACUUCCUGAGACAUCCAGUGCUGCCAAAUAUGUGCCCAAGUGGAAAAAACAGGCAUGCGAGGUGCCGACUUCGCAGAACGAGCAGAGUCAUUACACGUGUGAUGACAACGGCGACGUGAAAUGCCUGCCCGGAUGGCAGGGGGACCUGUGCGAUGUGCCCAUUUGUCGCAAGGGCUGCGACCCCCUGCAGGGGUACUGCAAACGACCCGGAGAGUGCCGCUGCAAGCUAGGUUUUUACGGUGAGCUGUGCAACAAAUGCAUUGCCCUGCCAGGCUGCCAGCAUGGCUAUUGCAACAACAGCUUUGAGUGCAUUUGUGAAGAAGGAUGGGAUGGAUUGUUCUGCUCUGACCCAAUCUGCAGACUUGAUUGUCAUUCAACACGAGGAUACUGUGAAUGGCCUGGUGAAUGCAGAUGCAGAUUAGGCUGGGCCGGAGAGACUUGCAAGGAAUGCCAGGUACUUCCCGGCUGUCAACAUGGCUACUGCACCAAGCCACUUGAAUGCAGAUGCAACGAAGGAUGGACCGGAAUCUUGUGUCAAACCCCUAUCUGUGCAGAAAACUGUCACAAAGAACAUGGUUACUGUAGGAAACCAGGUGAAUGUAGAUGUAAGGUUGGAUGGUGGGGUGACAACUGUGACCAGUGCUAUCCAUACCCAGGGUGUGUGAACGGAUCCUGCAGAAGGCCUUGGGAAUGUAACUGCAAAGCUGGAUGGGGCGGCAUGCUUUGUGAUCAAGAGUUGACUCACUGCGAGAACAAUCCUGGACUUUGUGAGAACGGAGCAACUUGUGUCAGCCUGAGUGACGAGGAUGGCAGCUACAGGUGUCUUUGUCCCGAUGGCUUCACUGGACGUAAUUGCGAAGUUGACAAGAAGGUUGAAUACAUGAACAUCACCAUGAUGAUGCCUCCUCCUCCUCCUCCCUCUACAACGCCAACCCCCACCCCUACACCCUCCUCCUCACCAUCAACAUUGAACACAAUGUCAAGUACUUCUACAGUGGCGCCGCCCGAGUCACAAACAAAAAACUCAACUUCAGUCGAAAACGUUUCUGUCAACGAAACGGCCUAGCUGCAUCCCAAAUGAUCCACCCUUUUCGAGAGAGCCACAAUUUGUUG